GUUGCCACGCAACGACGUGCCGCUCGUUCGUUCGUUCAUUCGUUCGUCAGUUGUUUCGUUCGCCGCGUUCGCGAGUGCAGUGCUACCAAUGGUACCAUGGCCUUAAAAAAGGAUUUCGACCUGCCUAGAAACAUUUUCAAAGUGAAACUACCCAAAUCUGUGAAAUUACAACAAGCAUUCGACAGGCUGUUCAAAAAGAAUAGCUACACCAAAAUAGUGCAAAGUUAGUAUGGCUGGUGACAGUGUUGAAAGCAAACCCCAUUUUAUAACUGAAGAGACUGAGUUUAUAGGCAAAGGAGACACAAUACCACACACUAAACAUAGAAGAAGUAGAUCUAGAAGCGCAAAUCGAUUGACACCUUCAGCUUUAAGUUUGUCCGACGAACAUUUUUAUCAAGAUCUCGAAGAUUACGUUAAAGAAAUGACCACAACGGAAAAUAUGGAGCCGGACGUGUGGACUCAACUGCAUCAGAAGGAAUCCGAUUUGCUGCUGGCAGCGGAGUUGGGAAAAGCCCUUUUGGAUAAAAACGAGGAAUUGAAAAAGGAACAGGAGAGGGUCACUGAGGAAUACUCCAAAAAACUUGAGGAAUUGGAGCAAGAGAAGCACCUGCUGCGACGUCGGCUCGACACGACACAGGGCGAAUAUGAGGCGCGCAUACUCGAAUUACAGAACGACAUUCGGGAGCUCACCACCAAGAUCGGCUCACGGGACACUUCUGUCAAACAGCGCGAUGAAGAAAAAGCCAGCCUCAUCGCGGAGCUCACGGCGCAGAACUCGCGGCUGACCGCACAGCUGAAAGAGUCUUCUGCAACGGAGGCGCAGCUGAUGGCACAGUUGGAGGGAUUGAAGGAUCAGUGUUCUAUGAGGAAGACAAGUCUGCAGGACCACGUACAUAGCUUAUCAUCCCUUAAAGCAGAGCUGGCUCUGGUGAGCGACAAGAAGGCCGACCUAGAGCGGAGAUUGACGGGGUCCCUGCAGGACAAGGAUCACCUCAUGCAGCAGUUGGAAGAAGCCAACGACAGGAUCGUAGCUCUUGAGAGGCAACUCAAAGAACAGGAACAUCUCUACCACAACACACUCAAAGAGCUCGAACGCCUCCAACGCUCGCACGAUACCUUAGCAGAGAGGAUCGGAACCCCAGACGCAACAGAUGUCACUGAAUCAGCCAGAUCCCUACAUGCUGAGAUGGAAACUGAACCAGAGGACGAUGAUGAUGGAUGGCUGAGGAAGGAGGCUGUGCAGGUUUAUAAGCAGUUGAGGUCGCUGUCGCUGCAGUUGAACACUGGGCAUGAUGAUGAUUCAGGCCUCCACUCCGACCUCUCCAUCUCAUCUCUGGACGGCGACGAAGCCUCCACCCUCCGCCGCGGCGCCCUACUCGCCGCCUGCGCCGACGCCGUGGCCGCGUACGCAACGUUAGAGGGAUCCAGAGUGCGCGACUCCAUCGCCGCGCAUGCGCGUAGAGCGUUAGAAAGAGAGAGGCAGAUUGAUGAAAAGAAUGAGUUGAUUGCGGAUCUAUCGUCUAAGUUAUCCGUGGCCGAAGUAGAGCUGCGCGCUGCGGCUGAAGAAAGAGACAAACUGCUCAACGACGCCAACUACAGUAGCCUCCAGAACGACGAGGCCGUCACUCAGGCCAGGCGGGAGAGGGAUGAAGCGAUAGAGAGGAAGAAGACAGCUGAGGUAUCGCUCGCCAAGACCCGAGUGGAGCUGAUGCAGGCCAACAGCCAGCUGUACGAGGCGGUGCGGCAGAAGGUGGACCUGGGCCAGCAGCUCGAACAGUGGCAGAUGGACAUGCAAGAGCUGAUCGAGGAGCAGAUGAAGCACAAGCUGACGUCGGAGAAGCGCCGCAAGCUGCCGGAGCCGCCGGCGCCGGCGCCGACGCGCGCGGCGCGACUCCUCGGAUUUUUUCAACGGUGAUCUGUUGCACGCUCUUGGGACCUCAAGCCAUACACAAAACCAUAUCAACUAUCACAUUGUUCAUCGUCAAACAAUACGACCCGUUCACUUUUAAUUUCAUCGCCGCUUUCGGCCUGACCUUUUACGACAGAAAUUUGAUUUUCAUUCUCGCCGCCAUCUUGAAAGAUGGCGCCGUUUUGGAAUUUUUAGGGUGCGUUCUGAUUUUAUUUUCCAAACCGUGUGAUGUGUACACCGUGGCAGUGAUAGUUAGUGUCUUAAUUAGGUUUUUAAUUGUAACUGUACACAUUAUUUUUAAAUUACCGAGUGUAGAGUGUAUUUGCACGUUAAUGCAAUUAUUUUAUUUAUAAACGACAUGCUGUAUUAUUUCUUAGCGAAUCGAAUGUGAGUUUUGGAAUGGUAGGUGGUUUUGGUACAACAGAUUCAGCUGAAUACGGACUGAGCCGAGAGAACUGACAUAUUUACGUCCGUAUAAAAAUAAUUUACUAGUACUAUAGUAUCAUUAAAAUAAUAUUUUCAAUUUCUAAUAUUUUAGAUCUUUAGUCACGUCCACUUAACUUCACAUAACUGCUUGUUUUUUAUAAUAAACCUUUAUAAAAGAGCGUUUGAUUUACCUUUCCAAGGUUGUCCAGUAAUGACAAUUUUAAGUAAGAAAAUCAUGUCGCUGAUGCAUUUAAAAAGUUGCACUUUUUAAUUAUAAUAAAAACAUUUAUUUAAUACCUUAAUUCGCCAUUCCUUAACUAACAUUCCCAUUAAAUUUAAUGUGUAUAUAACUGAAUUUAAAAUAUGUUUAACAAAUUGUAUUUAUGAAUAUUUUUCAGACGAUCUCUUUUAAGGACAGUACACUUUAAUAUACCUACUUAGUUAAAACAAAAUAAUGUUUAGUAGCGCCUCUAGUGGAAUAUGAAUGAACUAAAUAGACACAUUUAGUUUACUCUAGGUCCCAAUUUUAUACCACUGACAUGUAUUUCGUUAAAAGAAAAUGAUUUUCGUACACUAGUCCAGUAAAGUUGAUCGUCUCAAAAAUAUCUGUAGUAUUUUAUCUUUUUGAGAUUGUACGUACUAUUCCUACGUAUAGUUUUAACGUUUCACACAAAGUGAAAACAGGUGCACCCAUAGUGUAGUAAAAUGAUUAAAAUAAAAUAAUUAUGUGAAACGAGAGGGGCGGCGUUUUUAAAUGUAUUUUGUCAUAUUUUAUUAGAAAUGCACGACAUUCGAUUUUUUUUUAUUUCAGAUGAAAUUUCAAUACUUCAUCAAAUUACCAUAUAAGUAAUUACAUAAUUAAGGUGUCAAAUGGUAUGCUUUGAAACAAAAAAUGUUUAGUACAAUAUUUUUGCCGCCCCGAUCCACUAUUUUGAAAUAGCCAUAUUAUUAUUUACAGAAACAAUACAGAAUACGAAUUACAUGAUCUGCUGCAAUUUUAGAAUAAAAUAAAUUAAUCACUAGUUUAAAAUAAUAUGUAUUAAUUUUAAAAUUAGAUAAUUUCACGAGUAAUUUAAUAAUAUACACACAGUAUGUGAAAUUGUUUUGCAAUGCAGACGAGGAUGUACCUAAUUACAUAUAUUUGAACUGUGCCUUAAUUAAGUACCUGGCCUUUGGUGCCUUUUUUCUUCAUUAGUAAACAUUUUACCCGUACUUAAACAUUGAUUUUUUAAAAAAAAAAAAAAAACCAUUACUUAGGUAUUGUUUUAUUACCAAUGAUAAAUUGAUACAAAUGUUAACAUGCUUUACUGUCACUUAAUUUGUAGAAGAACAUUUUAUAUCUUCAUAUCCGUAUGUUAAACAUAAUUUUAUUGUAUUGCAAGAAGUUAGAAAUAUGAUGGCUAAACUAUAAGUACACCAACUAGGAUCCGUGGCAAAUUCUGUAGAUUAUAAUUUUUAUAAAUUUUUGUCUUGGUAUGGCCUCUUGCCUGUCAAAUAACCAAAUUUCCAGGGCUCGGAACCGGUAUUUUUUUAAAACCCCGAAAUAGCCCAAUAUUUUGAAUUAUUUUAUGCUCAUUACGUAGGACUGAAUCAUGUAUUUAGGAAACAAUUUUGCAUUAUUAAAACGUCCUAUUAAAAAUGAAAUUAUAAACAAAAGAACGUAAUAAUACCGGUAUUUUUGUAUGGAGCAAAUACCGGUUUCCGACCCCUGCAAAUUUCAUAGCCAAUUCUUAUACCACUACGUAUACUGAAUAUACAUUGAGUGUUUUGAUGGUUGGUGGCGCCACUGUCAAAUAAUAUUAUAGCAAUAAAUAAUACUUCACUAGCGCCACCUGUCGAAACUCCAGCAGAUACAAAACGUGUCUCAAUAGGUUAUAUAGGCGAUUAUUUUGAUCUCCAAUCUUGCCAUUAUUGGUAAGAGGAUUUUUUAAAUAAUUGUUUUUGAGACACAAUGUACCUAAGCAUUUUUUUAAAUAUGUAUAUAAAAAUAGGACCAUAAAACACAGGUUAAUUUAUUGCUAUAAUUAAAAUAUUUUUUUUUUAAAUACGCAGGAAAUUUUAAACCAAUCUUUGAAUUUUUUUAAGUAGGUUUUUUUUACAAAGAAUGAGAUAAAAAUCGUGAAUAUCAAAACUAGCUAAUACUUUUUGAGAUUAUAAAAACAACGGCACAGUCAAUUUUGAUUUUUUAUAGAUUAAGUACAUUUUAUUAUUUUUAAUUAAAAAGACAUUUCGCAAUAUAUUUUUUAUUAAUUUAUUGUUAAGACUGAAUUGAAAUGUAAAAAUAUGAAAUGUGCUAACAUUUGACUUUAUACGGAGUCUGUUGUUCAAUAUGAAAUUUAAUGGCCUUAAUAUCAUAAGUACAUAUAUCAAUGUUUACUUUAAGUGUAAGGCCUGAGUGGACGCUCGUGUUGAGCGUGCAGCGGGGCGGGGCGUGCGGCGUGCAUGUUAAACAAAUGCAAACGUAUAGGAGCGGCCUUAGUGCACGCUGCUCACAUCACUUGUGAGUCCGACGCCACGCUGCACGCCGCGCCGAACGCUCCGCUUCGAGCGUCCACUCAGGCCUUACACUUAGAGGUGUCAAACUAUACUACCCAGGGACCCUAGGUAUCUUAUAUGUACUUACUCAAGGAGGUGAUUUAGCAACAAAAGAGUACAAUCAUCAAAAGUAGCGUAUCAGGCUAUGGGUCAAAAGUAUCUCUGAUAGCUUAUCAAAGAGAGAUAUGUCUCUGUAUAUAUAACAAUUAAACUGUUGCCGAUACUUUUGAAUGCAAACUGUCGAGAUAUCUUUAUUAGAAAAGUAAUCGAGGGUGGCUUAUCUUAUCUUAUAAUUUCGGGAGCCCUUGCGGACACAUUUCGACCCAUAGGAAAUAAUCCGUCAACUACUCAAGAGCUUUUUCGGCACAUAGCCUGCUCCAAAUUCCUUCAUUCUUUGUCUGUCUUGAAUGUCUUGAUACUUUUGGCGCGUUGUUUCAUACGCUAGUAUUGAUUCUGACUGUACCACUUCUUGCAACAGGGACAUACUACCGGGCCCUGUAUACCUUGUAGGGCGCUUUUUGUAAUAUCCACUUUCACGUAACACUUCGAUAUAUUUUUUUUAUACGUCAGGGUGACGCUCAUAACUAUAAAAUAUUCUAGCCGUAAGAGUACCACUGACUGAAGUCGUAUAACUACUUAAUUAUCGCUACAGGCUUUUAUUACAAGUCUUACUUUUCUAAAAUAGCUGCAUUUAGUAUUAAUUAAGACAUCAACCGUGUUUGGUACCUUAUGUCUUGCAGGUUGUAAAUAGGAACAGUAGACUCCUAUAAGAUUUAAUAAUUAUGUACAUGUGUGCAAAACAACCGUGAAUGUUAACAAUAGUUUUUAUAUUUAAUUUCUUAAGCACAAACUUAAUUUCUUUGGCGAGUAUAACUUCAUAGUCAUUCCAUUUUAUCGAAUCAUUGUGAUUGUAUCGUUAUGAGUCAUUUCUGUGGGAUGACAAGGUAAAAUUGUGGCCCUAUGAUGCCUCCUUGUGGUACACCUUUAAAAAAUCAUAUGGUGCUGAUGUAAGCCUAUGAUACACGGGAUUUAGUCGAUAAAAGAAAAUGCAUUAACUACUCUCUCGCUCUAUUAUUCACUUCUCAGAAAGAGACCCACGAAUUCCAUGAUUUACUCGUAAGUACCUAGCGAUAACUGUUAUUACAACGUCUCGAAAGCCUUUAUGUGAUCCAAACGAUAUAAUUUUAAAAUAGUAUUAGUGUUCACAGAUCAUCUGAAUCAGUGCAAACGUACUUAAUGUCACUUCAUCGUAACUUAAGAUUUUAAUAAAUCAUGUACUUACUCAAGGAGGUGAUUUAGCAACAAAAGAGUACAAUCAUCAAAAGUAGCGUAUCAGGCUAUGGGUCAAAAGUAUCUCUGAUAGCUUAGCAAAGAGAGAUAUGUCUCUGUAUAUAUAACAAUUAAACUGUUGCCGAUACUUUUGAAUGCAUACUGUCGAGAUAUCUUUAUUAGAAAAGUAAUCGAGGGUGGCUUAUCUUAUCUUAUAAUUUCGGGAGCCCUUGCGGACACAUUUCGACCCAUAGGACCCAUCCGUCAACUACUCAAGAGCUUUUUCGGCACAUAGCCUGCUCCAAAUUCCUUCAUUCUUUGUCUGUCUUGAAUGUCUUGAUACCUUUGGCGCGUUGUUUCAUACGCUAGUAUUGAUUCUGACUGUACCACUUCUUGCAACAGGGACAUACUACCGGGCCCUGUAUACCUUGUAGGGCGCUUUUUGUAAUAUCCACUUUCACGUAACACUUCGAUAUAUUUUUUUUAUACGUCAGGGUGACGCUCAUAACUAUAAAAUAUUCUAGCCGUAAGAGUACCACUGACUGAAGUCGUAUAACUACUUAAUUAUCGCUACAGGCUUUUAUUACAAGUCUUACUUUUCUAAAAUAGCUGCAUUUAGUAUUAAUUAAGACAUCAACCGUGUUUGGUACCUUAUGUCUUGCAGGUUGUAAAUAGGAACAGUAGACUCCUAUAAGAUUUAAUAAUUAUGUACAUGUGUGCAAAACAACCGUGAAUGUUAACAAUAGUUUUUAUAUUUAAUUUCUUAAGCACAAACUUAAUUUCUUUGGCGAGUAUAACUUCAUAGUCAUUCCAUUUUAUCGAAUCAUUGUGAUUGUAUCGUUAUGAGUCAUUUCUGUGGGAUGACAAGGUAAAAUUGUGGCCCUAUGAUGCCUCCUUGUGGUACACCUUUAAAAAAUCAUAUGGUGCUGAUGUAAGCCUAUGAUACACGGGAUUUAGUCGAUAAAAGAAAAUGCAUUAACUACUCUCUCGCUCUAUUAUUCACUUCUCAGAAAGAGACCCACGAAUUCCAUGAUUUACUCGUAAGUACCUAGCGAUAACUGUUAUUACAACGUCUCGAAAGCCUUUAUGUGAUCCAAACGAUAUAAUUUUAAAAUAGUAUUAGUGUUCACAGAUCAUCUGAAUCAGUGCAAACGUACUUAAUGUCACUUCAUCGUAACUUAAGAUUUUAAUAAAUCAUGUACUUACAUAAUCUACCUUCAUUUGUUUGUGGAAUUUAAAUAAAGCAUGAAAUUUUACGUA